CAUGAACUUAGUCUUGUGACAAGGAAGUGGAGAGCUUCGAUAGUGAGUCACGAACAGCAACUGUUUGCAGUAUAGAACACAAGCUAUGGACUUUCGUCUCCUCUGCGUUAUUUCGCUGUCUGUCCUCGCGCUCGCUUACGCUGAGCCGGUGAAAUUUGCUGAUUGUGGUUCUUCCUCUGGAAAGGUGGUUCUCGUUGACAUUAACCCCUGCCCAAAACAACCAUGCCAGCUUCACAAAGGGCAAUCCUACGCGGUAAACGUGACUUUCAGCAGCGCUGUUGAGAGCCAAACCAGCAAGGCUGUGGUUCACGGUGUAAUCGCUGGGGUCCCUAUUCCCUUCCCCAUACCUGUGGAAGACGGUUGCAAGUGUGGUAUUGCAUGCCCUAUCCAGAAAGGAAAGGGUUACAAUUACAUCAACCAACUGCCAGUCAAGAAUGAGUAUCCCUUGAUCAAGCUGGUUGUGGAAUGGGAACUAAGGGAUGACUCCAGCAAUGAUCUGUUUUGCAUCAAAUUCCCUGUUCAGAUUGUAAGCUGAGGAACCACAUAUGCACCCACAGAAAGACACUUUGAAAGGGAUUCCAUUGCUCAAUAUAAAGGGAGCCUGGACACUUAAUGUUUUUUUUUUUUCUAUUAACUGAAUAUUUUUAGAGUUGAUUUAGUACAUGCUAAUUUUAUAAUAUUUCCUCUUAUGUUUAAAUCCAUUUCUAUUUGUUAUCCACCAUUUUAAAUUUGCACAAUUAAGCCACUUCUGUUUUGUCAAAGCAAUGUCAAUGAUCUGUAAGAGGGAGAUACCAGGUUAAGGUUCCUGUGAGUCAGUAUUGAAGUGGUGUUACAGGGUGUAAACAUCCCUGUACAACUCAUCUGCAGAAUAUGUCUAAUUUACUGGCUGCUGUGUAGUCAAACUAAUAGCCGUGUACACAUUUGUCAGUACUAGAAAUCUGGAGCAGAGCUUCAUCGUGGGGUAUGGUCUUCUAAUGGUUAUUUCUGGCUUUUUAUUUCAGUUCUUUUAAUGUCGGCAUUUAAUAAAGACCUUGAAUGUUUAA